AUGAGUCAGUUUUCCGGUGCAGAUCUUGCCGGAUUCCGGGAGCUCUUCGAUUAUUAUGACCGUGAUCAUGAUGGAGUGAUAACCAAAGCAGACUCUAUGAAAGCCAUGCAGUCGGUAGGCUACAAUGUUGUUUUGGAAAGCAACCUAUUCGAAGGCAUCAAUUCGGCUGAUUUUGAGCUGUUCUCACAAGCCAUAGAAACGAACACUUUGAUGAUCUCAGGCAACUUGAAGGAGGAGCUCUCACAAGGUUUCGAGUUUUUCAAUGAGUAUCGUGCCGGCAAAAUCUACGCCGGCGAGCUCCGGCAUCUGCUGACCACUUUGAGAGAUAAACUUUCCGAUGGUGAGUUAAAAGUACGGAUUGGUGAAGACAAGGUGGUAGAUUCACCAUCUAAAGCAGCUGGUCAGUUAUAUAAGGUUUAG